CACACAGCUGGCCAAGUUAUGUGUGUCCUGUAAAGGCUAAGUACUGUGGCUAAGGCCACAAUAAUCAAAAGCACGUGGUCAAACAGAACUCACGCUAUUAAAAAGGUUUAUCAGUAUGUAUAUAGACUAAACUGUGAGAAGUUAGUGUAGUAUCCCAUCGUGAUUACUUGUGUUAGUUGUAUGAAGAAGCCAUUUUUACUACUGAAAUCAAAAUGACUGCUGUCGCCCGGGUUGAUCAACCGAAAACCCGCAAAGGAUCGAAAAUUUUGAAAGCAAGAGAACCGCAGGUUAUUGAGAACCCCAAGAAGACAUCAUUUGUCAAGGGAAAUAAUAUUAACCAGCGAACAACUCAAAUCCUUAAAGAUAUUUAUGCUCUGAAGAAAAGCGAAUCCGUAUUUUACCAGCAGAGAAAUGACAUCAAGCCGUUCGAGGAUCCAUCACCGCUUGAGAAGUUGAUGGGUAAAAAAGAUACGUCUUUAUUCGCCUUCGGUAGCCACAACAAAAAAAGGCCACAAAAUAUCGUGCUUGGACGCACCUUCGACAGAAUGAUCAUCGAUCAGUUUGAAUUUGGUGUGGAAAAUUUCAAAUCAUUGCAGGAGUUUAAAGUUCCCAAGAUCGGAGUUAUGCUGAAACCUAUUCUUGUGUUUUCUGGUGAAUCUUGGCAGCACAGCAACGAGAUGAAACGAUUGAAGAAUUUCUUUAUUGACUUCUUCAAGGGCGAACCCCGCGACUACAUCGCGGUGACUGGACUCGAACACGUAAUCUCGUUCACUAUACUGGAUACUAUCUCGAUUCUAUUAAGAAGCUAUAAGGUGCAGUUGAAGAAGAGUGGACAGAAGUCACCGCGAGUCGAAAUUGAAGAAAUCGGCCCUCGAAUGGACUUAAAGAUUCGCCGAAAUAAAAUAGCAUCCGACGACCUCUUUAAACAGGCUUUGCGGAGACCACGAGAACUGAAGGUAAAAAGAAAGAAAAAUAUGGAGCAGAACGACCUGGGGACAUCGUUGGGAAGGGUCCAUAUGGAGAGGCAAGACUUCCAGAAGCUACAGACACGUAAAAUGAAAGGGCUUAAAAGCAAAAAGGGCCAAGCAGUAACUGAUAAUGCGGUCGGUAUCGCCGAAGAGAAAAUGGAUGCUGAAGAAUCUUAAGGAAUCGAUACUGUAGGUGGGCUCUAAGCUAGAGAUCUUGCUAGAUUAUGGCCAAUCCGUGCAUUAUAAUUAUACAAUUAUAUAAUUACAUGCCAUAUAAAUAAAUUUCAAACUUUACAUUGA